AGAGAAACCACCCUCUUCUCUUGAGAUUUCCUGAGAAGCAAGUUUCCUUUGUACUGAAACCAGUCACCAGAUGUUCUUCAAAAUAAAACCAACGAAACAACGCCAAGUUCGAUGCUGUGAGAGAAAGAGAAGGAGAAAAAGAGAAAGAAAGAGAGAGUGUGAGAGAGAGAGAGAGAGAGAGAGAGAGAGAGUAGUAGAAUCUUUGGAAGAAGGGAAGAAAGAAGGAGAGAAGAAGAAGAUAAAGAGGGUUGGGGUUUAACAGCACAAAGGGAAGCCAAAAGGAGGAGGACUUCUAAAAAGCAAAGAGCUGCCGGUGGAAAAUAAAAGAUAUAAUAAAGACGAACCAGAAUCAAAAGAAAGAAAAAGAUGAAUAGAUGGUUUCACUCCGUAGGUAGUUCGUUAACCACGCUUUAGACGGCCCUGUUGGGCACGCGAUUUUACCAGCCGGUAAACCAGUCAAGAAGAAGAGCGAGAUAGAAAGAAGGCAGACGUAGUGAAUCGUGUGUAAAAAAGAGAUAGAAAACAAGAAGGAGUACGAGAGAAAAGCAGAGAGAAAGAGAUAGGUAGAGAAAGAGGGAGACAGAGACAGAGAGAGAGAGAGAGAGAGAGAGAGAGAGAGAGAGAGAGAGAGAGAAAGAGAAACAGAUACGAAGGAAAAAAAAAUGAAAUAGAAAGUGGUCUGUCCAGUGCAAGAAACUACAGUCUCCGACGCUUUUAAAGCACCUCCUCCCGUACAUGGACCACGUUCUGUGUUCCUGUUUUCCACUCACUAUAGCAAAUGCACACGGUGCUCUCUUGAAGGUUCCCGCGCCAUUGUGCCCGCAUUUCUCGUGCGGUUGUCGACUCGGAAAGUAUCUUCUGGUUAUCCUCGGUCUAAAAGGAAGAAAAAAAAGAAAUUCAACAUUCUUGGAACACGUUUAAAAUUACAUUUUGAAAUAUGAGGAAAUUUUUGGCUCUUUUGGUAAUCGUAUUGGCAUGUGUAAUGAUCAACGCUCAAGGACAGGUACCCCCUCCAAAAUCAUCAAUUUAUGGAACAACAUUUGACGAAAUUGUCGUAUCAUCCGAUCUAAGUGUACGAAGAAAAUCUAAAGAAAGUCGUCAAGGCAAAAGAUUACUUUCGAACGUACCAUCGGGUACUACCGGUUCGCCUGAAAAAUCAACUCCAGUUGCAUCCAGGCUCGUUUCAAGCGACGGGAGUCGUGUUACACCAGUGGCUAGAGCAAAGCGUGGAUCUGUUACAUCCCAAACAAGAUAUUUGGAUCUUGGAGUCGCGGGAUACUUGCUGAAGUCUCAGAAACGUUAAAGAAAAUUAAACAACGAGGACAACCGCACAAUCCCCACCCUCAUCUGUGAUCACACGUUUCGACUAUCUUUCGGACCCGGCUCAUGUAUCAAAAGUUUAAUAAAAAUUUUUCUGUGUCAUAACA